AUGUCUCCCCUCCAAGCGUGGCUGGCUUGCAGCUCGCGUGCGGAGGAGGCCGUGGCAAAUGCACUUGGCAAAGCGGCGAAGUCAUGUGCUGUCCACCCUUGGAAGUGUAUCACACUGACUGUGGUGGGCUGCCUGCUUUGUGGCCUGGGCGCAUUGCGCUUCAAGGCAGUGAGUGCGGCUCGAGAACUCUGGGUCGACCAAGAGUCCCAGGUAAUGAAGGACCUGGUGUGGACUGAGCAGUACUUUACCUUCUCGGGCCGGCUGGACCGUGUCCUCGUCACUGCAAAGGAUGGUGGCAACGUCCUGCGCAUGGAGACGAUGGCCGAGGUCUUCCGCCUGGCUGAUGAUGUAAACGCACUCACGAGUACGGAUGGCAAAAAUUUUACCGAGCUCUGUCUGCGGAUCCCAUCCGGCUGUUUGAAUGAGGGCGUCCGCCGGUACUUUGGAACCGGAACGUCUGCCGAUUUCAACCAGACAGUCCAGACGCAAGCCGACAUCCUACUGGCCGUGAACCAGCCCAACUUCCCAGAUGGUGGCCCAGCCUUCGCCGAUGACUCCAUGGGGGGCAUUGUGCGCGAUGGCAGCGGGAGCAUCACAAGUGCCACAGCAGUCCGCAUCGACUUCAUUGUGGAUAGCAGCCUUGAGGCCAUGCUUGCCUGGGAGGAGGCUUUGAUAGGGCAUUUCACCAAAGACAAGCUCACGGAGCAAGGCUACCAGUAUGUGAAUGCCUUCGUGCAGGCUGAGCGCUCCCUUGACGACGAGCUCAACAGGACAGUGCAGGCCGACAUCCCCCUCUUCGCCGUCGCCUUUGUGCUGAUGGCCUCCUUCUGUGCGAUCUUCCUGGGCAAGGCUGGAUCGUGGACACAGAGCAGAAGGCUACUUGGGACAGUCGAGUUCUACCUGGUUCUCCUCGGAUGCAUCGCGGGCUAUGGCACCUGCAUGCUCAUCGGGGUGCCAUUUACCGUCCUCCAGCAGAUCCUCCCCUUCAUAUUGGUGGGCAUUGGCAUCGACGAUGCGUUUGUCAUCGCUUCGGCCUUUGAUGCACUGGACCCUUCCAUCAGCAUCCCCGAGCGCAUGGAGAAGGCCAUGCAGCGUGUCGGAGUCUCCAUCACCUUGACCAAGGUGACCUCCAUCUCUUCUUUCCUGCUGGGGGCCACCUGCGUCUUCCCGUCGGUCCAGUGGUUCUGCGCAUACGCAUCCUGCUCAUGCUUCUUCAUCUGGCUCCUGCACUGCACCACCUUUUGCGCCCUGCUGGCUCUAGAUGCAAGGCGUGCGGGCGCCGACCCCCCUCGCCUGGACCCCUGCUUCUGUGUUGGGGCCGGCGCCUCCUGCAUGCCCAGCACGAAGAGCUCCGGGGCGUCACCCCUCGAAACGGUCCUGGUGGCAAUGAUCCGCUUCCUGACCAGCCACCUGGCCAUCUCACUCGUGACCAUCCUGUUCUUUCUGGUGGUCGCUGGUGUGUCGGCCUGGCAGGUUAGCCUCGGCCUCAGUACCGACUUUGACAUCAUGGACCUGUCACCUGACAAGAGCUACCUGAGAGACUUCUACAACCAGGAGAAUACACACUUCGGUGGCCUGUCGACAGGGGGCUUGGCCUUGCCCACCGCCUUCUUCGCGAAGGACCAGGACUUCCGAUCUCUGGAGGUGCAGCGGCAUCUGGAGGAAGCCGGAGCAGGGAUGAUCGCCCUGAGCAAUGUGAACCCCGCUCGUGGGCUGCAGUCAUGGCAUACGAUGUUUACACUUUGGGCGAUUCAGAACAAGGGUGUGCUGGCUUCCCUUCCCCACAACGCCUUCACAGCAGUCGAGACAAAUCGCACCGGCUGCGCGGCAGGCUUGCCCUCUGGCGUCACGACGUGCACCGGUUUCCUGGUGACUGGCCCCACGUUCGUGACCGCGCUGCAGGAGUUCCUUGCAACUCCCAUGGGUCUUUCCUUCCAGGAUGAUGUGGUGAUACAGGGUGGGCAGGUGACGGUGGUGCGGCUCCGGGCUCGCCACAUCGACACAUUCAACAGCAAGCAGCAGAUUCAGGUGCUCGAGGAAGCUGAGGCUUUUACACAGCAGUGGCAAGGUGCCUUGCCCGGAAGCUUCAUGAACUCCUUGGUCUACAUCUUCUUUGACCAGUACCGGAUCAUUGUAUCGCAGAUGACCGUCAGCAUCGCGCUCUGCCUGGCGGCGGUGCUUCUCAUCAGCGCGCUGGUCUUGGCGCACCCUCUCUCCGUGGUCAUCGUGCUCUUGGUCCUCGCCCUGGUCUUCAUGGACCUGAUGGGCAACAUCGUGCUGUGGGAGUUGGACCUGAACUCCAUCUCGAUGGUGAACCUCGUCAUGGCCGUGGGCCUGGUGGUGGACUACUCCAUGCACAUGGCACAUAGCUUCGGCCUGCAGGAUCAGUCACUGCCCCGGUCUACGCGUGCUGAGCUUGCCAUGAAGGAGAUGGGACAACCCAUCUUCCUGGGCGUCACGACCACCUUCCUGGCCAUCCUCCCCCUGGCCUUCUCAUCCAGCCAGGCGUUCCGGGUCUUCUUCAAGAUGUUCUUCGGCAUCGUUGUGGCGGGCGGCUCCCACGGGUUGAUCUUCCUCCCUGUGUGCAUGUCCGUGCUUGGCCCCGCCCCGAACAAGUCCGACUGUGUUGAGGAGAUCUCGAACUUGGAUGGAAAAGUUGCGGAGGACAAGGAAGGGAAGGCUGAUAAUGCAGAGGAUGCCGAUGCCGUAUUUUCUGCUUAG